AUGGGCACCAGCCAGACUGACGCAAUACACCUCGAUCCCGGCAUCAGCGAGCAAAAGAUUGACAGGAUCGAGGCCAGCCUCGGCAGCAUCGAGCGCCUGUUAAAGCGCCGCGAGAGCCAGCGCGGGUCCCCCAGCCGCGAUGCCGCCGGCCCCGGUAGUACCGGCACCGGCUCCGAAAGCGUCGCCUCGCCUAACGCGAGCGUCACCAUCUCGGACUCGUCAGCCAUCAACACGCCCGCCAACAUUGACUCGACCGAGUCGGAGCCCGACCGCGGGCUCAAUGUGCAGACUGACAUCACGGUCGCGCUACUCAAGCAGGCCGUGCGCAGCACCACGCUCUACGGCGUUGACGCCAAGAUGGGCGCCGCGCUCGGCAGCCUCUACGAUCUACUCGGCAAGCGCCACCUCCCGAGCCCUAGCGGUGGAAGUGGCGCUGGCGGCGGCGCCGGAGGCUCGCCGUUUCCGAUGCAGAAGCCCGUGCCGCCAGGCGGCGUCGGCAAGCUGGAGAUGCCACCGCUUCAGGUGGCCCUCACGGCUCUGGAGAGGCUGACUUAUAAGCCGCCGACGCUGAUUACCAUGCUCUGCUCUUCGAUUGGCCUAGAUGACAUUGCAGCCGUCUGCAGGCGCGAGUACGCGCACCUCGACAACAUCUCCAGCGUCAAAUUUGUCCUCAUCAACUCCAUCCUGUACUACAUCUUCGAGGAGACGAGCAUGCUGGGCAUCUCACCGGAGCUCCUGGCCGAGUACAAGACGCACGCUGAGCUCUGUCGGGCCAACGUCGACACCGGCCUGGCCAACUUGCCGCUGCUGCUGUCAUCCACGGCGCAAAACGUGCAGGGAAUCUUACUAGGCGCCUUUGUCUCCAUCGACCAGUCCCGGCCGGCCGUCGCGUGGCAGCUGUGCACCACGGCCGCGCAGCUAUGCAUCUCGGCCGGCUUCCAGAGUGUGGCUGCGUCGGCGCACAAGUCGCCCGAGGACGUCCGCCUCGAGCGCAUACUAUUUUGGAACGUCUACAUCCUCGACAAGGCUUUGUGCCUACGGCUGCACCGCGGGUCGUGCAUCCCCGAAUACGACAUUGACAUACCGCGCGAGUUCAGCUUCCAGUACGAGGCCAUGGUGCCGGACAGCACGACGGGGCUGACGCAGUUCUGGGUGCGCGCGAGCAUCGCGCAGGGCCGCAUCUACGAGCACCUAUACUCGCCACUCGGCCGCGCCGCACCGCCGGCCACGCGCGUCGCGCACGCCACGGCGCUGGCGGCCGAGUGCCGCAGCCUGCUGCGCGAGGCCGAGGCUCACCAGGGCCAGUACCCGGCGAACCAGGAGGCGCCGAUCCUGACGGAGAUCUUCCGCAUCGGCGAGGAGAUACAGCUAUCCAUCAACCUAACGCUCGUGUACCAGGCGGUCUCGGCACUGGACGGGCAGGAGGUGUUUCGCAACGAGUGUGUCGAGGCGGCGCGCAGGGCUAUGCGUACGCACAAGCGCUCGAUGCACCUGAUGCGCAUGGGGCCGUACGCCCAGUCGAGCUACAUCAACUGGACCAUCCUACACACCCCAUUCGCGCCCUUCUUCGUCAUCCUGCGGCACGUCCUCGAGACGCUGUCGAUCAACGACCUCGUGCUGCUGCAGGAGUUCAUCGAGUCGCUCAGCCACGCGCUGGACGUGUCGAACCGCCUCAAGCGCUUCCAUCAGCUGUGCCACGUCAUGUGCGAGGUCGCCGGGCUCUUCGUCGGCGUCAAGCUCAAGCUCAACAACAGCAACGUCGCCGUUCCCGAGAUGCCGCAGGCGCUGGACCACGUCAACGACCUGCUGCAGCAACAGUUUGCGAUUGGCCAGCCGGCGGCGGCGGCGGCAGCGGCGCAAGAAAGCUAUCAGCAGCAGACGGUGCUGGUACCGGAGGUGGCGGCGACGAGUUUCCAGCAGGGCGUGGCGCCAUUGGUGGUCGGGGCAGGCGGCGAUGAGGCGGUGAUGCCGCCGAUGCUGCCACCGGACUGGGACCCGGCGACGAUUGGUACCAUGGACUGGACGGCGGGAUAUGAGAAUAUCCUCAACUUGAUGCAGGAUGAGCUGCAGAUUCUGGAAAAUUAUCCGAACGCGGGCCUGUUCUAA